AUGGCUGAAGACAAAUUACAACAAAAGUCAUCAAAGAGGACGAAAUUGCCAACAACUGACGAUCAGAUUUGUAUGGCACAAACCAAAGAACGCAAAAGGAAGAGGUUGGAAUUAGAGGAAGCUCCAGUUAGAAUUCCAGACAUCAGUCUUGCGGCAGAAGAACAACAGAAGACCAAAGUGAAAAAGCACAAAAAGAAAAAAACAACAGACCAAGAGGCAACAAAAAAUAUUGAAAUUUCCAACCCACCUGAGGGAAGCGAUGACUUAAGCCCAGAGGAGAGGCGGGUACUGGAGAGGAAAAUGAAGAAGAUGAUGAAAAAAGAAGAGAAGAAGAAGCUGAAAGCAGCGGCGAUGACCUCACGGAAAAGCGAAGAAAGCAGUGGGCCCACCGCGUCACAGCAGGCUUUGGAUUACCUCACAUGCUGGGCUAACGAUCGAACCACGUGGAAAUUCCAGAAGACGCGGCAGACAUGGUUAUUACAAAACAUGUUUGAUUCGGAACAGAUUCAUGACGAGAAGUUCUUGCUCCUCCUGGAGUACCUGGAGGGACUCCGCGGAGGGUCCAGAGAGACAACAGUACAAAAAGCACUGGUUCUUGUCCAAGAAUCUGGUCAAGCGCCUGAGGACGGAGAUGUCCAGAAGAGGGCGCACAGAGCAAGAGAAGUCAUACAGAUGCUCUCCUAA